GAGCAAAUUUUGGACUCGAGUCUAGUAAAAGGAAAUGGAGGGAGGAACUGGGUCGACCGGCGACGACGCCAACACCAACAACGGCUUAGACGGCACAACCUUCAAUUUGCCGGCGAAUCGCCAUGGGAACCUAAAGACUGCCUCUAGUGAUCAAAGCCUCAGCGACAUUCUUCUUCAAAUCAAGUCCUCCAAAACCCCUGCAGUUAUCAAUUACGGCGCAACCUGGUGUCGAGUGUGCAGCCAGAUUCUUCCUGCAUUCUGCAAGCUGAGUAAUAGUUUCCCAAAGCUGUCGUUCGUCUAUGCAGAUAUUGAUGAAUGCCCUGAAACAACUCAGCACAUUCGGUAUACGCCGACGUUUCAUUUCUACAGAGAUGGUGAGAGGGUGGAUGAGAUGUUUGGUGCCGGCGAAGAGCGGCUUCAUGAUCGCUUGUGGUUGCACUCUUGAGGAUGAUGACGGUUUGAAACAGCCAUUUUUAUGUCUAGGUAUUGUGCUCUGUAUUCGCUGUGGCUCUACACAAUUAUUAUUGAAGUUAUGAUAUCCAUUUCUGUUGUCUGUUAGACUGUUUGCAACUAUGAAAUUUGAAUUUUGUAU